AUGCAAGUCGUCAGCAUCAAAUUCCCCAACAAUGCAUCCCUACUCGAAGGCAACAUUGGGGACAUCAUGUAUGGAGCAUCCUUGAUCCCCAACCUGAAGGUCUUGUACCUGGCAAAUCAGACUUUUAAUGGCAUGCUGCCGAACAACACUUUUGCCAUGCCCGAACUACUGGAGCUCGACCUGUCCAACAACCACAUCAAGGGUUCGCUCCCUGCAAGCUGGGGGAAUUUCCUCACAUUUCCCAAGCUGACAUCAAUGAAUGUGGCGUUCAAUAAUGACCUCCGGGGAACUCUGCCGGCCAACUGGGGUGGAGAUGGCAGCAGCAUGCAAGCGCUGAACACCCUCAAUAUAAACAACUGUGAAAUUACGGGCAGCCUGCCUGCUCAGUGGGCCCGUGGCCUGCCCGCCCUCAAGCGGAUCAAGGUGUCCAGUAAUGCCAUUACGGGCACACUGCCGCCAGAGUGGAGCGCAUUGAACUUGACAUCAAUCAAUUUUGACAGGAAUGUCCUGGCUGGUACAAUUCCUGCUUCGUGGGGUUCAAAUGGCACAUUUGAGGCCUUGACAGCGCUGCAAGUCUUCAGUAAUUCUUUGACAGGCACCCUCCCUACCACGUGGGAGACACCAGGCACAAUGCCAUCGCUGUUAUUAAUGGACGUGGCGAACAACAACUUUACCGGCGCAGUGCCCAAGGGAUGGGGCUCACCGCAAUCUGUCUUGAUUACCGAAGACAACCGUUUCUGCGGGACAAUGCCACCAGUGCAUGUGUUUACUUGCGGGGAGCUGCGCGGCAGUUGCGUGGAAGGCAAAGGCAUCGCCCCUGUCUGCCCGGCACCACCGCCGAACUCCCCAGCACCCAACACCGCUGCCUCAAAUCCCGGUGACAUGGCGGCACUGUUGAAGUUCAAGGCGGCGUUUGACAAUUUUGACACAGCCGUCAGGCGGCGGACGGCUCGCUGGGAUCCUGGCCUGCCCAUGUGCUUCAGCUGGCAGGGCGUCACAUGCUGGCCCGACGGCUACGUCCGCACGAUUGAUCUCAGCAUUCCAGAACGCAAGUCGCCUGCUCUCGUGCCCCUCACUGCGCCUUUUGACAACACCUCCUUCGCACAUGCCUCCGUGCCCCAUCAGCUCGCCGGGAAUGUUUCAAGCGUGUUG